CACAUAUUUGAGCUGAUGACCUUGCAUAAGGGGAGGGGAGGAGCAAGAGGGAGAAGCAGGCAAACAGAAACUUGCCAGCACCUCCGAGGCAGAGGAAGGCAGGUCCCAUAGACACCCCCCAGCCAUGCAGACUUUGAGGCUGCCCCCCAAGUUCUGCUGGAGCCUCCUGCGGCUGAGCAGCCCCCCAGGGUCUGGUGGGCUCCCGGCUUUGACGUACCCCCCUCCACACCCAAAUGGAAGGAGACUCUAUGCUACGCAGACGGCGGAGGCCGUGCUGGAUAAAUCGAGUGCGAAGUCCGACGCAGUUUCCCAAGCGAUACCGGAAAAGAAACCUUUAAUUGCAGAGUCGAAGUCAUUUGCCGUUGGGAUGUUCAAGGGCCAAGUCAACACAGAACAAGUCUUCCCUUAUCCUUCAGUUCUAAAUGAAGAUCAAGCCCAGACACUGAGAGAGCUGGUGGGCCCCGUCUCUCGGUUCUUUGAGGAGGUGAACGACCCGGCCAAAAAUGAUGCGCUGGAGAAGGUGGAGGAUAAGACCAUGGAAGGCCUCAAGGAGCUGGGAGCUUUUGGCUUGCAAAUCCCCGUCGAGCUUGGGGGGCUGGGGCUCAGCAACACCCAGUAUGCACGAAUGGUGGAGGUCGUCGGCAUGCACGACCUGGGGGUGGGCAUCACCUUGGGGGCCCACCAGUCGAUCGGGUUUAAAGGCAUCCUCCUCUAUGGCACCAAGGAGCAGAAGGAAAAGUACCUCCCCAAACUGGCAACAGGUGAGACCAUUGCUGCGUACUGCCUGACGGAGCCCACUAGCGGCUCGGACGCAGCUUCCAUCCGAUCCACGGCUGAGCUCAGCCCCUGCGGCACUUACUACACUCUCAACGGGAGCAAGAUUUGGAUCAGCAACGGUGGCCUUGCGGAUAUAUUCACCGUUUUCGCAAAAACGAAGAUAAGGGACGAGGCGACUGGGGAAGUGAAGGACAAGAUCACGGCUUUCAUAGUGGAGCGAGCCUUUGGGGGCGUCACGCGCGGACCCCCGGAGAAGAAGAUGGGCAUCAAGGCGUCCAACACUGCCGAGGUCCACUUUGACGGGUGCCGGGUCCCUGUCGAGAAUGUCAUAGGGGCCCCCGGCUCUGGGUUCAAGGUGGCCAUGAAUAUCCUGAACAGUGGGCGGUUUGGCAUGGCCGCUGCCACAGCCGGCACCAUGCGGGGGCUGAUCAGCAAAGCGGUGAACUACGCUGCAAACAGGACCCAGUUUGGAGACAAAAUCCACAACUUCGAGGGAAUUCAGGAGAAACUGGCUCGCAUGGCAGUUCUACAAUAUGUGACAGAGUCCAUGGCGUACAUGAUCAGCGCGAAUAUGGACCAAGGGGCAACCGACUUCCAGAUCGAGGCGGCCAUCAGCAAAAUCUUUGGCUCGGAGGCCGCUUGGACUGUUGCAGACGAGUGCAUCCAGGUCAUGGGCGGAAUGGGCUUCAUGAAGGAUGCCGGAGUGGAACGCGUGCUGCGUGACUUGAGAGUUUUCCGGAUCUUUGAGGGAACCAAUGACAUCCUGCGGCUGUUUGUCGCGCUCAAUGGAUUUCAGAACGCCGGGAACGAGCUCCGCGGGUUGCAGCGCGCCAUCAAGAAUCCUCUUGGAAACGCUGGGCUCAUCGUCAGCGAAGUUGGGAAGCGAGUCCGCAGGAAAGCCGGUUUAGGAACGGGGAUAAGCUUGAAGUCCGUAGUGCACCCAAGCCUGGACUCCAGCGGUGAGCGGGCAGUACGGGCGAUCGAUCUUUUUGGUGCUGUUGUAGAAGAGAAGAUUCUGAAACACGGCAAAAAGAUUAUUGAUGAACAAUUCGUGUUGAAACGCAUCGCUGACAGUGCAAUUGAUUUGUACGGCAUGGUUGUGGUGCUCUCCAGGGCAUCCCGAUCCCUGGAGCGUGGAGAACCCACGGCCCAGCAUGAGAAGAUGCUUUGCGACACCUGGUGCAUUGAGGCCUACGACCGCAUCACUCAGAACCUGACCUCCCUGCGUUCCGACAACACGCGCCACUUCUUCAGGAACCUCCGGGGCAUCUCCAAAGCGUUGGUGGAGAACGAAGGCGUGGUUUCCCACAACCCUCUGGGCAUCUGAAAUGUGCCAGCCGUUCCUGGAGCUGUCUCCUACAGCCUCUUUGCCCCCACCCUAAGAGAUGUAACGAUUAGAUCCUGCAGAUUCAGAAAGGAGGGGUCAACCGUCCGUAGCUCAUUCCCCCUCCCAAGAGAAAUAUACCUCUUUGCUUGAUAAAUGCC